AUGACCAGCGAGGUGAAUGUGCAUGCGGGGAAAGAAAAGGCAAGAAAGAACAAUCUGUCUGACACAUUUUGGCUCUCUCUCCUACCUCUUUCCUCUUCUUCUCCUCUCUCUCUCUCUUUAUCUCUCAAACACACACGCUCUCUCUCUUACACGCACUGGCUCCCUCUGAUGCCUUCUUCUUCUCAAUGGAGGCCAUGAGAAGAGAGCAGCCUACUGGUCUCGACAAGGGCAGCGUGGAAAAAGGUGCAUCUGCAAAGAAAGAAGGGCUUGAUUCAGCCAGCAAUGGAGAGAAAAAAUCAGAUGGAGACAAAGAGGUAGCAGGUAGACAGGCCUCUUCUCUUGCAGCGGAGGCAACGUUUAAUGGCAUCGAGUGUGACGACAUGAGGCACAAGAGCCCAACCCACUGCUCUGACACAUCCAGCAACAAGACUUUACUUUUGGUUAAUGAAAAUGGCAUACCAGACACGAACCUUCUGCAAAGUUCUAUUACUGGGAGCAAUGGAUUUAUUCUUGCGAGGCAGCUGCAGGAGAGCAGCUCUGUGCUGACGCCAGGUGUAGGAGUCUCCCCUCACAGGACUAACUGGUUGCCGUCAGGCUCACUGACAGGGGGACACUCGGUCAAAUCUCUUCCUGCCUCAGCGUCUGGGAUUGCACAGGGUUCAAAUGAGCUAAGGACUGACCCUAGUACAGAGACUACUCCUGGACAAGGCACAUCAGACACUAAAAAUGGAACAGCCACGUCUCCUACACCUGUCAUGAUACAUAGAGCACGCAAGACUAUGUCCAGACCUGCUGUCAGUCCAGCACAAAAGCUUCUUAACAGGGAAUUAAGAGAAGCAAAGAGCGCCAAAGUGGAGACUCAAGUUUCGCCUGACGCACAAAAGUCCUCACCCCAGGCCUUUCUUCAGAACCAUCUACCUCAGGGUCCACCAGAUACUCCUGCUUCAGCAGAACACACAUUAUCAGCUUCACCAGCAACUCCACCAACCACAACUCCUUCAGCUACUCCACUUCCAGUCAAGCUCCAACUAGCCUCUUACUCAGGAGGGUUGUCUUCUCGUAAGAAGAAACGAAGGAUGGGAACAUACAGUCUCGUUCCAAAGAAGAAAACCAAAAUGCUUAAGCAGAGAACUGUGCUGGAAAUGUUCAAGGAACUACAACAAUCUGCCAAGAGCCCACAGACGAAAGAGGUAGCGAACAUCAAUGGGGAGAAGGUAGAAAACGCAUCUGAGGAAGAUGAGUCAGAAGAGUUGGAGUCUGAAGAAGAGGAACAUCUACUGCCUGUAGAAAUGGCGUCAGAGGACCCUAUCAGAGAAGUGAAUGAAGCAACCUCUGAUCCCAUUUCUCAGGUUGGCGAUGAACAGGAGUCUGAAGAAUCUGGAGAAGAGGAAGGAGAAGAGGAAGGCACAGAGUCUGACUUGAGCACUGAAUCUAGUCUGAAGAAGAAGCUGAAGAAGAAAACUAAAGCAGAUGCAUGGCUUAGGCCAUCCAGGAAGCGAAAGAGGAGGAUGAAGGCCAAAGAACUGGAGGCAGAGCUUCAGUCGCAGUCCUCAGUUCAGGGUCAUACAGGUGAUUUGAAAGGUUACACACACAUUCUCCAACCUAAAUCUAUCAGUCUCAGCAAACCUCAAGAGCCCAUGUGUCCCCCACAGAACAAAGGCUCUUCGGGGACAACAGUCGAGGAGGCUCAGGAACUCCCUCUCUGCAGCUGCCGAAUGGAAACGCCUAAGAGUCGAGAGAUUCUCAUCCUGGCUGACAGGAAGUGUAUGGCCACGGAGAGUGUUGAUGGACAGCUCACCCGUUGCCAGGCUGCUGUACUGAAACAUGAAAUGAUGCGUCCCUCCAACUCAGUUCAGCUACUCGUUCUAUGCGAGGACCACCGCAAUGGGAUGGUGAAGCACCAAUGUUGCCCGGGCUGUGGCUUCUUCUGCAGAGCUGGGACCUUUAUGGAAUGCCAACCAGAUGUCAGCAUCUCUCACCGUUUCCAUCGUGCUUGUGCCUCGGUGCUGAAAGGUCAAAGCUUCUGUCCCCACUGUGGAGAGGAGGCCAACAAAGCCAAGGAAGUUACCAUCGCCAAAGCUGACACCACUUCCACUGUGCCUCUCGCAAUCGCUCACGGACCUACCCUGCCUGGGGCUGCUGAAGGCCGAGCCGACACCACUACUGGCAGCACUUCUUGUCUGAUUGUUGGGGGAGAAGUCACUGGCCGGGCCGACAGCUCACUCUCAGUUCGUUCCUCACAUGGUCUUGACGCAUCCACUAUUCUGGGGUCACCCAGAACUGCAACUCUGCAGACUGGGUCUGAUACAUCAGUCUCACCUACAGCCUUUCCAGGACCGCCUAGAGAAAGUCUGGAGGGCAUCCUGGUAGCACUAGACACAGAGAAACCCAAGAAGCUGCGUUUUCAUCCCAAACAACUAUACCUCUCAGCCAAACAAGGAGAACUCAAAAGGGUCUUGCUUAUGUUGGUGGAUGGCAUUGACCCCAACUUUAAGAUGGAAUCCCAGAGCAAACGCACCCCUCUCCAUGCUGCAGCUGAAGGAGGCUACAAAGACAUUUGUCAUAUGCUUGUACAAGCUGAUGCAAACCUGGAUAUGUGUGAUGAAAAUCAGCGGACGCCACUGAUGGAGGCAUGUGAGAACAACCACAUGGAGACAGUUAUGUACUUGCUGAGAGCUGGAGCCAGCGCCACACACAAGGAUGUUGAAGGCUUCACAUGUCUCCACCUAGCGGCAAAAUCUGGUCAUUACAAGAUAGUCGAGCACCUUUUAACAGUAGGACUGAUCAACAUCAACUGUCAGGAUGAUGGAGGAUGGACACCCAUGAUCUGGGCCACAGAGUACAAGCAUGUGGACCAAGUGAAGCUGCUUUUGUCUAAAGGAGCUGAUAUAAGCAUCAGGGACAAGGAAGAAAACGUCUGCCUUCACUGGGCAGCAUUCUCUGGCAGCGUGGAGAUCGCUGAGCUACUGCUGAACGCUUGUUGUGAUCUGCAGGCUGUCAAUAUCCACGGGGACUCUCCUCUACACAUCGCUGCUCGGGAGAAUCGCUUGGAGUGUGUCAUGCUUUUCCUCUCUCGAGGAGCAGAUGUGCUUCUGAAGAACCGCGAGGGAGAAACUCCUCCAGACUGUUGCAGCCACAACUCCAAGGCCUGGGCAGCCCUCCAGGCCAAUAGGAGGGACAGGGAUGCGAAAAACAUCAGGCUCAGUGAAGCAGAGGAGAAAGUGAUUCACAGUGACAUAGCUCUGGGGCAGGAGAAAGUUCCCAUUCCCUGUGUCAACUCUGUUGACAGUGAACCUUACCCCGACGACUACAAAUACAUCCCUGAAAACUGUGUCACCUCCCCCAUGAACAUCGACAGAAAUAUAACACAUUUACAGUACUGUGUGUGUAAAGAAGACUGUUCCGCAAGUAUCUGCAUGUGUGGGCAGCUUAGUCUGCGCUGUUGGUAUGACAAGAAUGGUUGUCUUCUCCCUGAAUUCUGCCGUGAGGAGCCUCCUCUCAUCUUUGAGUGUAACCAUGCAUGUUCCUGUUGGAGGACCUGCAAGAACAGAGUAGUACAAAAUGGACUCAGGACCAGGCUCCAGCUUUUCAGGACCAGUAAGAAGGGCUGGGGAGUCCGUACACUGCAAGACAUACCGCAGGGGACCUUUGUGUGCGAGUAUGUAGGUGAGAUAAUUUCUGAAGCGGAAGCUGAGAUGAGACAAAAUGAUGCCUACCUGUUCAGCCUAGACGAUAAGGUAAAGCUAGAAGACUUAUUCUGCAUCGAUGCCCGUUUUUAUGGAAACGUCAGCCGCUUCCUGAACCACAUGUGUGAGCCCAACUUGUUUGCUUGUCGAGUGUUCACAACACACCAGGACCUUCAUUUCCCACACAUCGCCUUCUUUGCCAGUGAAAACAUAAAAGCUGGGGAGGAGCUCGGUUUCAACUAUGGUGACCACUUCUGGGAGGUCAAAAGUAAGCUGUUCAGCUGUGAAUGUGGUUCUUCAAAAUGUAAGUACUCAUCCGCAGCCAUGGCAUCACUGCAGGCAGACAGCACGCCAGAGGAUCAGCAGCAGCCAAGUGCAUCACCUGACACCAGCUUCUCCAACAGUCCCUCAAGCCCAUCGUGGAACCCUUCACUACACAAACAGGACUGAUGGCCACACUUGUGUGUCUGGCUCUACUCUCUAUGAAUAAUGAACUUGUACUGUAUCUUCAGGUUUGUUUUACAGUAAAACACAGACCAUCAAUUUUUGAAAGUCCAUACAACAUUGUGACACCGAACUCAGACGCACAAUCAAAUUCUAAAGAAGUUACUUCUGCUUUCCUGCACCUUGUGUAACAUGAACAGCAGGAGGCAGUGAUGUCCCGCAUGGCAAAUGUUACACAGACCACAGGAGAGAGCCGGUCAAAAGCAGCCCUCACAUUUCAUUUCUGACCUUACCUGGAAGGAAUGCUGUGUAUUUUUCAGAACUUGCUGACAUGAAUAGGAUCAAGAAGUCAUGUUCACAGGUCAUGAUUGUGAACUCCUAAGGCUGGGGAAAACGUAUUGAGAACCUCGACACAUGCCUGGAUUUACCUUCUUUGACCUCUGGUCAUUUAUCAUUAACCAUUCCAGCAAGUCUACCUGAUAAAUAUGGAUUUAUGUUGCCAUCCAUUAGUCUCACUUCAUCUUUGUUGCAGUGUUUGAAAAAAACAUCCAACAUUUGCCAUCACAUUUAUGGAUUGAUUCACUAAAAUUAUGUGAUUUUUUUUUUUUUAUUCAAGUGAGCAAUGAAUGUCUGGUAGGAAGAUGCUGUACCUUUACUCUAAAAUGAGGUGUUUCUAGUCUGAAUAAAUUGGCUCAACUUUUUAUUAAGCAUGCUUAAGGGGCUCUUGAUGUGUCAGAUAUUUUGCCACUGCUAUGAGAAUUAAAUUGAAAUGGAAAACGAGAAAACAGGUGCUGACAAAGGUUUUUACUUUUGAUUUUUAAUACCCAAGUGAACAUAGUUUGUAAAAUAAGAUAACAUUUUAAGUUUUUUAUGUUUAACUUUUUCUAUUUGUAGUUACUGUAGUUAGUAUGUUUUAAAUUUUGUUCCGAAAUUUUGCCGAGAGACGCCAACCCAUGUUUUUAAAUGUUAGUAACUUAGUGACAGUUUUGCAACACUUUGAAAGGUCUACGUGGAGAAAAGGUCAUAAAGAUGCACUUCCAUUUCCUUCUGUUACAUAUUUCUGGACAGUGAACCAUCCAUCUGGUUGUAUGUUUUUCAAUAAAUUUACUACCAAUGCA